UAUUCACAUUAGCCAAAACAUGCCAAAAACCGAGCCGGAAACCGAGGACCCGCCACCGCACAACUUUGAGCAAGACCCAUACGACCCACCACCACCCUACGAAGCCCCCUCAACACAUCCCAUCGUCGACGCCCUCCGCAUCCAACUCGCAUCCCUCGGACUCGACACACGCGGACGAAAACGGGAUCUACAAAAACGGCUCCGAAGCGCUCGUAAAAAGGUUGAGCGGGCAAAUGAGGACAGUGGGUGGAGUGUACCGAUUGAGCAUUUGGAUACGACGACGAGACCCAAGGAGGAUCUUUAUGCAUGGUUGGACGAAAAGCGACCAGACGGUGCCCAACCGUUUGACUAUUACUGCGUACUAGACGUGGAAGCCACAUGCGAUGCAGACUCGAAUUGGGACUAUCCGAAUGAGAUUAUCGAGUUUCCUGUUGUGGUGAUUGAUGGGAGGCGGAUGGAGGUUAUUGGGGAGUUUCAAGAGUAUGUCCGGCCGUUGGUAUUUCCGAAUGUGUCGGCGUUUUGUACAGAGUUGACUGGGAUUACUCAGUCUAUUGUGGACGCAGCGGACCCGUUCCCGACCGUCUUGAGCAAAUUCGAGCAAUGGCUGACGCAAUACACACGAUAUCCCUUUUCCAACACACUCUUUAUCAGCGACGGACCAUGGGACAUUCGCGACUUUAUCCGCAAGCAAUGCGCGCACUCGAUCAUGGAGCGACCAGCGUAUUUGCAACGGUUUGUGGAUUUGCGACGCCUGUAUACAGAUUUUUAUGGACGAGAGCGACAGAAUCUGAAUGGGAUGCUGCAUGGACUUGGGAUGACGUUUGAGGGGCGACCCCAUUGUGGGAUGGAUGAUGCGAGGAAUAUAGCGAGGAUUGUGGUGAGGAUGAUGAAGGACGGGUGUGUGUUUGUGUGGAAUCGGGAAGUAGUGGCGAGUAAAAGAGGGCGGAACAAGGCGUCCCGCUAGUUUGCCCCUUGCCAAUUGUUGAGAUUGUCUGCAUAAAAAGAAUAGCAUUUUUUGGAAUGAAUGCAGAGGUGUGCAAGUGUUAGCGUUGCAUAAAGAACGAGUUGUAAUUAUGUGUUGAAGAAGAAGAAGAAGACUCUUGAAUGAAUACAAUGUGAUAAAAAGAGAGA